CCACUUUUUCGGUCCUCCAUGGGAUUUUGUUGCCUGUCGAUCGCUUUUCUACUGCCGCUGAACGAACACUCAACCAGAGUGCCUAGUGUUACUUGACUCUCUAAUGGGGUCUUCAACCCUCGACUCGAAUACUUCAUCACCAUUAUCUCCCCCCGGCUACGCUUCUCAAAUGCUCAUUCUGCCAGUAUCCGACCCCCUUCUUUAUUUCCUUGCAUCUUCCCUGCUUAAUCAUGGAAAGCGUACAAGGACAGAGCGCAUCGUCUCCCGCACCCUCCUUUAUAUUCACGUUCUUACCUGCGCGCCGUCACGACCUAUCCUCUGCCAUGCUCUCACCACGGCUUCCCCCGCUGUCAAGUGCUUAUCACAGAAGCGCUCAGGAAAGAACGUUGUGAGACUUGCCACGCUUACAGAAACAUAAGGGUGGAUGUUCAUGCUGGAUUGUCCGCCAGCAUAAACAAUAGUGGGAAGAUGGUGGAGGAGCGUUUAGCACGAGAGAUUAUCGCUGUUAUUA